UUAAAGGGAGUUAUUGUUACUAUUCAUGAUUGAUUCAAAUUUAUUUACUUUGCAUUAUGCUUUAAAGUUGUUUCAUGCUACCAUUGUUUUAGCAUUUAUUAUUGCUACGUUCGCAACCAUGAAACAUUUGUGUUUACAGCACUUGAAAGGUAGCAGAGUGGCUGAUGAUUCUCAUCCAUCACAGACUUCCACUACAGUUAAGGUUCCCAGAUAAAUCCACGCAUGCAUGGUCUGCUUUCAUGUUUAGCAAACUACAUGGUAUGCCUAUCAUCUGAAUUUUUAAGCAUUAUACACAGUUGUCACCAUGACUGGAAGUAGCAAAGUUGUGCAAAUUACAAAUAUUGCACCUCAAGCCACUCGGGAUCAAAUGCAAACAUUAUUUGGCUACCUAGGCAAGAUUGAAGAUAUAAGACUUUACCCAACUAUACGUGAUGUAGCAGUACCUGUUCAGUCCCGGAUAUGUUAUGUAAAAUUUCAUGAUCCUGUGUGUGUAGGAGUUGCACAGCAUAUGACAAACACUGUUUUCAUAGAUCGAGCUCUUAUUGUGGUGCCUUUCCAAAGUGGCGAAAUUCCCGAUGAACAGAGGGCACUGGAAUUAACGAAUCAGGGGACGAUGGUACCAGGUCUGUUUCCAGCAGAACCAAAACUUCCACCACAUGUGACCAAUCAGCUAGAAGGACUACCUCCUAAUCAAGUAGUGACAACCCAUGAUCCCCGACUAGCAUCUAAUGGAUUACCUCUAUAUCCACCUCUUCCAGCAACAUUGGAUGGUCGACGGAUAGAAGAGAUACGUAGGACUCUCCUUGUGGCUGGGACUGAAAAUUCAGUUUCAACACAGCAAUUAAUUGAUUUCUUUUCUACUGCUGGAGAGGUUAAAUAUGUUAGAUUCUGUACUAGGGAAGGUGAUGUAGAUAGUUAUGCAUUGGUGGAAUUCUCAGACCAAAAUAGCAUAAUUCCAGCACUGCAAAUGAAUGGGAAAGAACUGAAUGGUAAGAGCAUCAAAGUUUACCACUCAACACAAGCAAUAGUUAAACCCCAGACCAAAAGCAAUGAAGCUGCUCAGAGAGAAAUAGAGGAGGCCAUGUCUAGAGUUAAGGAGGCCCAAAAUCUUAUAUCUGCUGCGAUAGAUCCAGUCAUUGGCCUUCUUGCAAAAGAGAAAAAGAGAAGUCGUAGUGGUUCUCGUUCUCGACGCUCUCGAUCGCCUUCACGAGGUAGACGAAGGUCUCAUUCACGUAGUCGGAGAACAAGAUCAAGAUCUAGGAGACGCUCGCGAAACAGAGGAAGGUCUCGUUCUAGAUCAAGGAGAUCACAGUCCAGAUCCAAACGGUCACGCACCAGAUCACGAGACCAGAAGAGAAGGUCCCGAAGCUCAGGACAUCGUCGUCGAAGCCAUUCAAGAUCUCGAUCUCAUAGCAGAAGACGUUCAAGAUCUAAAUCAAGGAGAUCCCAUUCCAAAUCAAAAUCCAGCUCUAAAAGUCAUGAGAAGUCAAAGGAUAAAAAGGAUGACAAAAGAGAAAAGAAGGAUGAUAAAAAGGAUAGGAAAGAUGAGAAAAAAGAAGAAAAGAAAGAUGAUAGGGAAGAGAAAGACUCCAAGAAGGAGAAUGCUAAAAGGGAAGGUGAUCCAGAAGUGAAGUUAGAGGAAACCAAUCAUGAGAAUGAAUCUGCUGAAGACAGUACAAUACACACUGUUGAAGGAAAGAAAGAGAGUGAGUCAGAUAAGGAGAAGGAUAAAGACACAGAAAAAUCAAAAGAGAAAAGCAAAGAUAAAAGCAGAGACAAAAGUUCUCGUGAAAAGUCUAAGUCAAUUCGAGGGUCUUCAAGAUCUCCCUCGAAGUCUCGUCAUCGUUCCCCAAGUCGUCGAAAGAGUAGAUCACCUCUGAGAAAGAAGAGCAGAUCACCUUCUCGUAGGAAAAGCCCACAUUCUAGGCGUAAAAGUCGUUCUCCAGCCAGACGUAGAAGUACUUCUCAUUCCAGAAGAAGAAGUAAAUCUCCAUCUCGUUCUGGUCACAAUAAACAUUCUCCAUCAAGAAGACGUUCAAGAAGUCGGUCAAGAAGCAGGCGUGAUGGUGAUAGGAAGAAAGAUAAAGAAAAAAGUCAUGAGUCAGACAAAAAAGAUAGGGAUAGUGAGAGGGAGAGAAGGAAGCGAGAGAAGAAAGAGACUCUGGAGAGGGAUGGGGAGAAGCCAGCUGGUACUAAAGUACCUCGAAAUUAUGAUGAAGAAGAAGAAGGCUUUGAUGCUGCUGAUAAUGAUAAAGAUGGCAGUGAACAGAGCGAAGGAGAUGGAAGUAUUGGAGAAGACAGGAAUGCAAGUGAUGACCAGGCUAAUACUGAAGAUAUGGAUAUUUCAACUUCACCAUAAUUUUAUCAUUACAUGAAAUUGGUUACUGAGCCAAACAUUCUUUAGAUGGCUAGAAUUAUAUAGACAUUUCCAUGUGGGAUACUGUCACUGUUUCCUGCUUCUUAACUUGGCAUACAGAAAUCUUACUGUGACUACAUAUUACCAUGUAUGCAUUGAUUAGUUAGAUCUGAGAAGUGGCAUGUAAGAAUGUCUGUCUUUGGGUAGUUUUGUCUUAAACUUAAAACACUACAAAUUGAAGUCCAAAUUAGGUAUUGGUGUUUGUAUGAAACAACAGUUGUAAUAAGAUCAUAAUUGAAUAAACAUCAUUACAAAAGUUA